CAAUCAAAUUAGAGAAGAAGAAAGGAACAGCUUGUUCCACCGGCGUUUUUAGCCACAAGAAGGUCGUUGGCGUUUGGGCGGUAUUUAAACGAUAUUUAAAGCCCAAAUAAUUUAAUUGUAUUGCGAGCGUGUGGAUCGUAACGUGGAGUAAUGCGAGUAUUGCCGGGGGGAAAAAAGAGGAACGCGGCUUUAGGUCGCGUUUAGCUCGUCCGGGCUCGUUAUGAAACAGUGUUAGCGAACGGUGGCUAACGUUGGCAGCUAACUGACGUUACCGAAACUAACAUAAGUUACGCCGGCAGCUCUAAAAGCGGGAGGAUAGCGUUGUUGAAGUGACUAUAAUCAACUAGCCAGUAGAUCUAGCUAGUUAUUCGGGACAGUCAGAAUUAGCUACAACUACCCGCACGGAAGCAGGGUGUUUGGAAUCGAUCUUUGAAUCCCAGGAUCUAUCUUCGCUGAUUUGAUGGCUGCCACGGCCAGUGCCCGGAGGUUGCCCAUGGGUGUGCGGACGUUCAGUGACUUUCUCCAGAUCGUCUCCGUGGGCUCCCCUCGCUCGUGUCUCACGGGGGUGCAAAGAGGAUGCCUGCGACAGAGCAUUAGGCACUUGUCGUCAUGCGGCAUUUUGAUGACAAGAACUCCCAAAGUGCUUUGCCUUCAAGACUGGGACACCAUGACAGCUGUUCCUCAAAACAGAAACUUCAUCAGUUUCACCAACAAAAGGAAGGAGUACUCCGAGCGUAGGAUACUUGGCUUUUCUAUGCAGGAAAUGCAUGAUGUGGUAGCCAAUGUUGACGACUACAAGAACUUUGUGCCGUGGUGUAAGAAGUCCCAGACCAUCAUGAAAAGAGCGGGCCACUCCAAAGCCCAGCUUGAAGUCGGGUUCCCUCCCAUGGUGGAGAGAUACACGUCUAUGAUCACUUGUGUCCGGCCUCAUCUAGUCAAAGCAGUGUGUACGGAUGGAAAGCUAUUCAAUCACCUGGAGACGAUAUGGCGCUUUAGUCCUGGUAUUCCUGGUUACCCUCGCACCUGCACCGUAGACUUUUCUAUAUCUUUUGAGUUCCGCUCUUUGCUGCACUCCCAGUUAGCCACCAUGUUCUUCGAUGAGGUCGUAAAGCAGAAUGUUGCUGCAUUCGAGCGGCGCGCCGGUAAGCUCUACGGCCCAGAGACUCGGAUCCCGCGAGAGCUGAUGUUUCACGAGGUGCAUCAGACGUGAUCUCAGCAUCCGUCUGUUCUCAUCUGGCCUUAAACCACAGCAACCUUUAGUCGCUUUAUCAACACAAACCUGCAUGAUGCUUCUUAGUCGCCCAUCCCUUCAAGCCCCCCCCCCCCCCCCCAGCGCCAC